CCUCAGGCACCCUCCAGCCUUCAUAGUUUUUAUUGAUUUCUCAGAGCAGUUUUUGGCCACAAGGUAGUUAAGGGCCAUCCUUCACCUUUCAUCUGGUUCACUUUCUGUUGCACAGAUCUGAUCUUGGCACCGUGACGUAUUGGCUCUUCCCUGCCCUCAGCACAGGGUCCAAGUGCCUUAACCUGGCCAUUCAAGGUCCUAGGCAGUCAGACUCCUACCUUCCUUUGCUUUUUACUCCCACCUCGUAUCCUGGCCAGUCAGAUAGCCUUCACCUGCGUCUCUCUCCUCCAGUCCUGUGGCCUCUCGGGGGCAGGGGCCGUGCGCGCCUUCAGUGGCUGGUGGUGGACAGGGGCGGUGAGCCUUUGUGGGACAUGGCGCUCGACGCCGUCCUCAGGUCAAGUCCUGGCCGGUAUUUGGACUGGUAACUUGGAAGCUCUCUCCCUUUCUGAUCCUGAGAGCCUUCCUUGGCAGUAUGUGCCGUCAGAAUGCCAAGAAGGGCCAUGGAGGCAGAGGCUGGUGGGGCCAGGAAGGCAGCAGACGGGUCACGUGUCUGUGCUCUGACCUGGCUGCUCUUGCAGGGUGGCCCCUGGCUGGGGUGAAGCCCCCCCGGCUCCUGUUUUCGUUCUUGUCCUGCCCGCGGGUGCGGGCUCCUGGCUGCAGGAUGAACUGUCGCUCAGAGGUGCUGGAGGUGUCGGUGGAGGGGCGGCAGGUGGAGGAGGCCAUGCUGGCCGUGCUGCACACGGUGCUCCUGCAUCGAAGCACCGGCAAGUUCCACUACAAGAAGGAGGGCACCUACUCCAUUGGCACCGUGGGCACCCAGGAUGUGGACUGUGAUUUCAUCGACUUCACCUACGUUCGGGUCUCCUCAGAGGAGCUGGACCGUGCCCUGCGCAAGGUUGUCGGGGAAUUCAAGGACGCGCUGCGCAACUCUGGAGGUGAUGGGCUGGGGCAGAUGUCCCUAGAGUUCUACCAGAAGAAGAAGUCACGCUGGCCUUUCUCGGAUGAGUGCAUCCCCUGGGAAGUGUGGACAGUGAAGGUGCAUGUGGUCGCCCUGGCCACAGAGCAGGAGCGGCAGAUCUGCCGGGAGAAGGUGGGCGAGAAGCUCUGCGAGAAGGUCAUCAACAUUGUGGAGGUCAUGAACCGGCAUGAGUACCUGCCCAAGAUGCCCACGCAGUCGGAGGUGGACAACGUGUUUGACACGGGCUUGCGGGAUGUGCAGCCUUACCUAUACAAGAUCUCCUUCCAGAUCACUGAUGCCCUGGGCACCUCGGUCACCACCACCAUGCGCAGGCUCAUCAAAGACACCCUUGCCCUCUAGGCCUUACUGGAGCCACGGGCUCUCCUGGAUGGCUUGCAGACCUUGGCUUCCAGGGAUCGUACAGUGGGGCCUUUGGGGUUCUAGAGCCUGCUCAGGCUCCUUGGUGAGACUUGGAAUGGCCACCCCUGGCUUCCUUGUUUUGUGGUUGCCAGUCCUUGGUCAUCCCCUUUAACCUUUGCUCAUGGUCAAGUCUGGCCUUCACUGUCUCUCUGCACCCCUGUGGGGGUCCCCCUUCCUCAAAUGUAUGGAAGAGCCAUCUCUGGGAUGGUGAAUAAAAUUGAGAAUGUGUUUGGGUUGA